CUCAGAGCCUGGGGUCUAUAAAUGGUGUGCUUGUCUCUGUCACAGCUAACGCAAACGCUUUCUGACCAGCCUGCACAUCACUCAGACGCACACUGGGGCUGGCUGGCUUGUCGGGAUCUCAGACACUGAGAGGGGGGAAAAAAACACUCUUCACACGGGUGACAUGUUCCGGAGAUCUCUGCUAAGCCUCGGACUGCGGGUGAACCGUCCGCAGCACAAGUGGGCACAGAGAGUGGCCGUGGAUUAUGAGGACAUCGGGCGCCGCGACGCCUCCACCACCAGCAGCAGCACGAUGAUGGGCGACAACGUCAAACUGAAAACGAUGGAGGAUUUAGGCGGACCGAGCUUCCUAACCACCUUAAACUGGCUCUUUGUAAAGGGCUAUUUCCAAACGAUGCAGCAGAUGCAAAUUGAACACAGCAAGAUCUACGGUCCUCUGUGGAAGUCAAAGUAUGGCCCUAUGGUCGUGGUGAAUGUGGCCAGCGCCGAGCUGAUAGAGCAGGUGCUCAGGCAGGAGGGGAGGCACCCGGUCCGGACAGACAUGCCCCACUGGAGGAGCUACAGAGAGCUCAGGAACCAGGCUCAAGGACCCCUGACAGAAAUGGGCGCCAAGUGGCAGCGCAUCCGCAGCAUCUUGAAUCCUCGGAUGUUGAAACCCAAACAUGUGUCUUCGUACACUAAAAUCAUCAACGAGGUGGUGACAGACUUCAUCCAAAGAGUGGCCUGGCUGAGAGAAACCAGCGGUGGGGGAGUUAUGGUCAAUGACCUGGCUGGAGAACUCUACAAAUUUGCUUUUGAAGGGAUCUGUUCAGUGUUGUUUGAGAGCCGUAUGGGCUGCAUGAAUGAGGUGGUGCCUGAGGAGACCCAGGCGUUCAUCUUCUCUGUGGGGGAAAUGUUCAGGCUCUCCCCAAUCCUUGUUCUCUUCCCCAAGUCCACCUGGCCCUACCUGCCUUUCUGGAAACAGUUUGUGGCAACCUGGGAUCAUCUCUUCAAAGUCGCUGAAGACCUGGUGCAGAAAAAAAUAGAGGAAAUCCAGGAGAACGUGCAACUGCACCAGAGCGUGGAGGGAGCGUACCUCACACACCUGCUGCUCAGUAAUCAGAUGACGGUCACUGAGAUCCUGGGCAGCAUCACCGAACUCCUGCUGGCAGGAGUCGACACUACCUCCAACACUAUCUCAUGGUGUCUGUACGAGUUGGCAAAGAAUCCAGAGAUCCAAGAACAGUUGUACCAGGAAGUGAUAAGUGUUUGUCCUGGAGACAAAGUGCCAGUCAGUGAUGACAUUGCUCAGAUGCCGUAUCUGAAGGCCAUCAUCAGAGAGACGCUGCGUCUGUAUCCAGUGGUACCAGGAAAUGCCCGCGUCACUGUUGAAAAUGAGAUUGUGGUAGGAGGUUAUCUCUUCCCCAAAAAGACGCUGUUCCACCUGUGCCACUACUGUGUGUCCCAUGACGAGAGUGUUUUCCCCGACCCCCACACCUUCCAGCCACAGAGAUGGCUCCGAGGAGCGGAGGAUAAGUCCAAGCAGCACCCGUUUGGGUCUGUGCCGUUUGGUUUUGGAAUUCGGGCGUGUCUGGGCAGGCGAGUGGCUGAGCUGGAGAUGUAUCUGCUCCUUUCCAGGUUGAUAAAACACUACCAAGUGAAGCCGGAUCCUGCUGGGACCACAGUCAAGCCGAUUACCAGAACCCUGCUUUGUCCUGCCAAGCCAAUCAAUCUGCAGUUUCUGGACAGAGGAGUGGAGCAGACACCGAGAGCAGCGGCAGGAGUUUCUCUGUGAGCUGCUUUAGUAUGCACGCUGUGUUGCCUGCAUGUCACCAAGCACUUGUUUAUAGACCGCUCACAUCAUGAGGACUGCUGGAAUGCACCUUAACUGUGGCCUAAAUUACAACUGAUGUGGAUUAAGAUGUGGAAAGUUGUUAGGGAACAGUAUGAUUCUGUAUGUAUAGAAUGUAACUAUGAAUACCUUAACAGCUUACAGCUUCUUUUAGUCAAUACAUAAAUUUAACUCCUACAGGAUGAACCUUGUGUUAGUGUGUUAGUCUGUUUCUCAGUGAUUUCAGAGUUCCCCACUCUAAUCCCAAACAAAUACCAAAAAUAUUAUUUCAUUUUCUUUAAAGGCCCUGCAACUUUCCUAAAACAGUUUGUUGUAUAAUUUUAAACCAACUUUAACAAAAUACCCCCCCAAAACUAUUUAUUCAGUUUCUUUUUGUAACAAGAAAUUGUUUUUUGUUGCCAUCUAGUGGCAGCUUUUAUUUAAAAGGUAUAAUAGGACGACCCUUCACCUCCAGGUUUGUCUUCAGGGCAGUCAGGCCAUGGGCAGAUCUAGGGGUGUGGGGCCACAAGGGCCUUGUCGCAAAGUGAAAUUUGAUUGGCUCUUGAAGUGCCUUUUUGCUUCAUAACUUUUUUGAACUGAUUUGAAUUGAAAAAAAAAAGGAAUAAAUAUCACAUGCUGCUGAUUAUGCUUAUGACAUUUAUAUUUCACUUUUCACAACACAAAGUAUCUGUUUUUUCUGUACAUCUGAACAUCUGAGACUAAGUACCAAGUGUGAAAUGAGAAAUGAAAUGUAGCAAAUUUGUAGAUAAUACACUUCAACAACUUCA